AUGGCUGCCGCAGAUGUCGCCACGCUCAGCCCUAUUGAUAUCCCAGGUCUUGGGAAACCUCUCAGCGAGGUGGCUAUGGGGCUCUCCCGCAUCACAUACAACAGCCUCCCCGGCAUUGAGGCCCAGGUUCAGCUCCACCGUGAGCACACCGAGCAUAUCAAAGCUCUCCUUGCAAUCAUUGACCGCCACUCAAUGAGCCAUUUCUUCGGUAUCCACUCUGCCCAUCGCCACGGCAUGCUCCCAAACGAUACCGUCCGCCUUGAAGAAGACAUGGGCAUCAAUGGGCUCACCUGGAACAGGGCCACGGACAUCCAUAAUCUUAACACUCGCGACAUCCACACCACCUUCUUCAAGGUUAAUGAAGCUGGCCUGGCACCUUUCGAGUUUGCCGCCGGCCCAUCCCCUGUUGCUGGAGAGGAGAUCCCCUCCGAGUUCUUGUCCGAGUUUGCUACCUACGUCAAGGACAAGGGACUCACUGGGCUGGUGUCCCUUGAGGUUGGGAAUUUUGCUGCCGGCCAAGUAAAGACUGCCGAGCUAGAGAUUCAGUGGGGUGAUAAGGAGCUCCUCACCGUUACCGUGCCCGUGCCCGCUCUCAUUAACGCAGGGAUGGAGUUGGUUCCAACUGGCUGGAACCUCAGCCCCCGCGACGCCGGCACCCACUGGGCCAAGCUAACGAAGCCCGUUAACACACACAGGGUCUUUUUCGACUCCACUGAGUCUGUUACUCCUGAGCUUUUGUUCGUCAAGCUCAUGGAGAUGGGGCUCAUCUUGAAAGUCUGA